AUGGCGGGUCUGCGUUGUUUUACAGACUUAAACAAGGCCUGCCCGAAGGAUCCUUUCCCAAUGCCGCAGAUAGACCGAUUGGUAGAUGCGACUGUCGGACACCCCCGAAUGAGAUUUUUGGACGCUUUCCAGGGCUACCAUCAGAUAUCCCUGGCUGCCGAAGACCAAGAGAAGACCGCUUUUGUCACCCUAGUUGGCAACUAUCAUUAUAAGGUGAUGCCCUUUGGCCUGAAGAAUGCCGGGUCGACCUAUCAGAGGAUGAUGACUAGGAUGUUUGAACAGCAGAUGGGUAAGACCGUUGAAGUGUAUAUAGAUGACAUGGUAGUGAAGAGCAAAUUGGUGGCCGACCACAUCAGAGACCUCGGUGAAGUGUUUCAAAUUCUAAGAAAGUACAAGCUACGACUGAACGCAUCCAAAUGCUCAUUUGGGGUGGGGUCAGGAAAGUUCUUGGGCUAUAUGGUAACCCACCGAGGAAUAGAAGUUAAUCCUGACCAAAUAAGAGCCAUUCAUAGCUUGCAGCCUCCUCGGAAUCCCAAAGAGGUCCAGAAGCUUAUCGGCAUGAUAGCUGCUUUAAACCGUUUCAUCUCCCGCUCAGCAGACAGAUGCAGACCUUUUUUCCUCCUUUUGCACAAGUGGAAGGGCUUCGAAUGGACUGAAGAGUGUGCUUUAGUUUUCCAACAGCUCAAGGAAUACCUCGCCCGACCACUGAUCAUGUCCAGUCCCGAUGCCAACGAAGUGUUAUUCGCAUACAUCGCAGUAGCCUCUCAUGCGGUGAGCUUAGUGCUAGUCCGAGAAGACAACGGCACGCAGUGGCCCGUUUAUUACAUAAGCAAAUCACUGCAGGAGGCAGAAACCCGGUAUCUCCCCCUCGAAAAAGCUAUAUUGGCUGUCAUACAAGCCACGCAGAAGCUCCCCCACUAUUUUCAGGCACAUACAGUAGUUGUGCUAACUCAACUUCCACUGAAAUCGGUCCUCCGCAGUGCCGACUACACAGGUAGAAUAGCUAAGUGGGGAACAAUCCUGGGCGCCUUCGACAUUAGAUACAUGCCUCGCACCGCCAUAAAAGGGCAGGUCCUCGCCGAUCUAGUAGCUGAAUUUGCGAAGCCCACCCUAGAAGGGAUGGAAAUGUCGGGGUCACGAAGUGUUGAUGGGAAACUGGUCAGCACGGUCUCUCAGCAUGAGCACAAUAGGUGGAGAGCGCACAUUGAUGGUGCAGCAAACCAAAGGGGCUCAGGGGUGGGGCUCGUUCUAGUCUCUCCCGAAGGGAUAACCAUAGAAAAGUCGUUGAGGCUCGGAUUCUUGGCCACGAAUAACGAAGCCGAGUAUGAGGCAGUGUUGGAGGGAAUGUCGAUGAUCCAGAAAUUGGGUGGAAAAUGCGCAAGCAUAUUCUCGGAUUCGAGACUCAUUGUGGGACAAGUAAACGGGGAAUUGGAGGCGAAGGAUGAAAGAAUGCAAGGGUACCUUGCUCAGGCUAAACACUUGCAGACCCAUUUCGGUGACUUCCGAUUAAUGCACAUACCCAGGAGUGGGAACACCCAUGCGGAUUCUCUCGCAACACUGGCCACCUCCUCGGCUCAGCCCCUUCCACGAGUUAUUUUAGUUGAAGAUCUUUGCCGCCCAACAACAGAGGAGCCCAACGGUGUUUGGGUACACAGCGUCGAGGCAGGGCCUAGCUGGAUGGACCCUCUGGUGCUGUUCUUAAAGCACGACACCUUACCGGAUGAUAAGGUUGAAGCUGACAAAAUCAGGAGGAAGGCUUCUCGAUUCUGGCUGUCCGAGGACUCCAAACUUUACAGACGUUCGUUCUUGGGGCCAUACUUGCUGUGUGUGCACCCAGGGGCUACGGAACUCAUCCUGGAGGAGUUACAUGAAGGGAUUUGUGGAAGCCAUAUGGGGGGCAGGUCUCUCUCCCAUAGGGCCAUGACGCUGGGUUACUGGUGGCCGAGCAUGCACAAAGAGGCUUUAGAAUAUGUGAAGAAGUGCGACCAAUGCCAAAGGUUCGCCCCGAACAUACACCAGCCGGGCGAAGAAUUUAACCCGUUGUCCAGCCCUUGGCCAUUCACACAGUGGGGCCUAGACAUACUAGGGCCGUUCCCCAAAGCGGCUGGGAACAAGAAAUUUCUUUUCGUCGGCACUGACUACUUCACAAAGUGGGUCGAAGCCGAGGCGCUGGCAAAUAUCAGGGAUGUCGAUGUCAAGAAAUUUGUCUGGAAAAAUAUUAUCACUAGGUUCGGGACCCCGCACACCCUGAUCUCGGACAACGGCCUCCAAUUUGACAGCAAAGCCUUUAGAGAAUACUGUAAUGAGCUGGGGAUUAUCAACCGAUACUCCACACCGGCCUACCCACAAGGUAAUGGGCAGGCAGAAGCCGUCAAUAAAACCAUAGUGAAUGGGCUGAAAAAGAGGUUGGACGACGCGAAAGGGAGGUGGGUUGAAGAGUUAGCCCACGUCUUGUGGACGUACCGCACCAUGCCUCGCAGGUCCACAGGAGAAACCCCCUUCUCAUUGACCUACGGAGCCGAAGCUGUCAUCCCACUGGAGAUAAACUUCCCAACCCAGAGGACUACCGCCUUCAAUCCCGUUGCUAACAACAGCCUUUUGGAAAAAAGCCUGGAUCUCCUCGAAGAAAAAAGGGAAAAUGCGAUGGUUCACCUAGCUUAUUAUCAGCAAAAGCUCAAGCAGGGCUACGACGCCAAGGUGAAGUCAAGGCCCUUGACGCCCGGGGAUCUAGUGCUGAGGAAAGUCCUGGGCACCGCGAGGAACCCUGCAUGGGGAAAGCUUGGACCAAACUGGGAGGGCCUGUACCGUAUCACUUCCGUAGCCGGCAUUGGGGCAUACUUUUUGGAAGACUUGGACGAACAUGUAGUACCACGUCCAUGGAAUAUAAGGGCAGAAUAA